GAAGAUAUUACUGACAGAAAUGAAAUUCUUAGUGAUCAAAAUAUUGUAAAUCUUACAAAUCAUUUAGAUGAACCUCAAGAUGAAGAUAAUAGUAUUGAAAUGCGUAACUAUACACAUAAAGAAGCACUUGAUGCAUUGGAUCUAAUUACUCGAUAUCUUUUACAACAGAGUGAUAAUAUGACAAAGUAUAUCAAAAUGAUUUCAAAAGUUAGCCAAGCAACAAGAAAUGCAAGAAACAACUUAUUGCAGCAAGCUAAUAUUAAUUCAUUUUUUACCUCUAGUAGUUAUAGAGAUAAUGAAAUAAUGGAAGAGACGAAUUUUAUGUUAGAAAUAAAUGAAGACUCUUCAUUAUCUAAUAAAGAUUUUUAA